CGCUUCGUAAAUGAUCCACAAGAGGGCGUCUCACACCACACCAUCUGACAACAACUCUCGUCACUCAACGCCGUCCCCAAACCACGUUUUGUCACGAAAACACACGCGACAGGUGGAUCCGGAAAUGACGCGAGACUUUCGGUAGAGGUUUGUUUUGAAAAUGGACGUCGGCAGGAGUCUCGCUCUAAAUAAAUGUUAAUUUAUUAAAAUAAAGGUUGUGUCCACACUAUUCUUGAAGCCAUGUUGCUGCUGCUCCUUUUCUUCCGGUGACCUCAACUCUGUUGACUUGCUCUCUCAUUGGCUGGAGGUCGUAGCUACAAUUGACACCACGUGAUGUCCAGUCGGCCGACCGUCCCAGAUAUUUAACAUGCCAGAUAUCUGGAUUUUGUCAGCGAGCCUCUUUGAUGCAUCGGUGAAACAGUCUAUCGUUCUCCAGCUUAGAGGGAGUUUGUGGUGACAGUGACACCAUUAUUCUUUGAUGAGUCACACACUGCUGAAAGUGAUGGUGGCAGAUGCAGAUUCUCUCCAUGUAGAUAGUGUUCUCAAGCCUGUUGCUCAUGGAAUGUUCACGUCUGCUGUGUCUUGCAACCCUUCUCUUUAUGAGUGGGGUGGCAAAAGGACAAUCCUCUACUACGUUACCAGUUGGGGUGACAAAAGGACAAUCCUCUACUCCAUCACCAGAGCCACAGUUUUUUAAACAUGGACUGAAUGUGAGAGUUGAAGAGUUUUUCUCAGGCACUGGGUUAAUAAAUCAGCUGCAGCAACCAUUUAACUACAAUGGAACAUACGAAGUACUUCUAUUUCUAGAUUGUUCGAUAAUACUCCUCGGAAGAAAUGAAAUAUCCUUUUCUCCACUGUGCACUAAAGUCGAUCCUAAUACUAGAGGAAGUUUAUCCUACGAGCAAGCAACAAGUGGGCCUCUUAUAGAUCAAGCUAACAAAGAAAUAAAAAGGAUGUUUUCUAAUGUGUCCUUUUCUGCUUCCUGGGUCCUUGUUUUAACCUGGAGAAAUGUACUGCUGUAUCCCAAUUUAGGAGUUGCAUCAUAUCAGUUCGUCUUGACCUGGAAUGGAGGACAGCUCUAUUUUGUCGUGAUGAACUAUGCAAACAUUCCUACUAUUCCACCUGAUGUAGGCUGGAGUGCAGGCUAUAAAACUGUGGACAGAAAUUUCACCAUUACACUAAACGAUUCCUCUGAACUGUCUUCAUCUAGUAAUGUCAAUAUCACUGGUCGCUGGGCUUUUCCACUUACAGAUAUAACAACAGCACCACAAGAUACUACAACUACAGCACCACCAGUGCCAUCAACAACACCAGACAUGGCAACAACAACAGCACCUCCAGCUACAACGACAACUCCAUCAACAACCACACUAGAUACUACAACUACAGCACCACCAGUAUCAACAACAACACCAGCUACAAUGACACCUCCAUCAACAAACACACUAGCAUCCUGCCAGACCCUAAACUGUGCUUCAGAUGAAGUCUGUAGGCAGAUAAAUGGAGUUGAUGGCUGUGCCUGUGGUUACAAUACAACGAGCAGCCCGAAUAUUUAUGAUGCCAUUGAAACAUGCUCAGGUAGUACUGGAUCACUGUCUCUGUCUCGCUGUCAGCUCUUUGAAGCUGGAUAUUCUGCAGAUGUUCUCCACCUUAAUGACCCAAGUUGCAAAGGGGAGGUCCAAAAUAACAGGCUGGUCUUCAAAUAUGACAGUAAUGCCAGCCUGUGUGGUACAACUCUGGAGAAUAAUGGCACACAUGUCAUCUUCAAGAACAAUGUUGGGACAACUAAUAUGACAGGUUUGAUCAGUCACACUGGUGGGUUCAACAUUGCCAUUUCCUGUGUGUAUCCACUCAUCCAGAACAUCUCCAUGCCCACCCACAUUGAAGUCACAGGAAGUGAAAUUAGCAAAGAACUGUCUAUUGAAGGCACAUACCAAAUCCUCAUGAUACCAUAUACCGAUGCUACAUUCUUGGUUCCAUACUCUGGCAACGUUACCCUACAAGUGAACCAUCAGAUGUAUAUAGCAGUGCAAGUGGAUCAGUUUGACAGCACUCAGAUCGCUCUUGUGCUGGACAACUGCUGGGCCACACCAGUCAACCAGAUGGACUAUUCAAUCCGCUGGAACCUGAUUGUUAACAAGUGUCCGAAACCCAGUGACGGCUCGGUGUCCGUGUUGCAGAACGGUGUCUCCACAUCCAGCCGCUUCUCUUUCAGCAUGUUCACAUUUGCUAAUUUCUCCCCCAAGAUCUACCUGCACUGCCAGGUCCACCUCUGUUUGCAGAAGACAGGCAACUGUACACUGCCAUGCCUUCCAUAAAUUUUCAGAAGAUGCUGAUAUGUAGAUUUCUACUACUCAGUUGCAUUCAAGUUUGAAAAUGCUACCAUUUUAAUUUGUUAAUUCUGUUCUAUGUUUAUUCAUUAAUCACUGUUUUGAUUCAAUAAUGAUUAAAAAUAAUAUCAAAAUUCUUACUUUUUUUUAUCACAUCUUGUAAGUGAUUGUACUCCUCUGUACUGCCUUAAUCAGUCAAAAUAAAGC